AUUGACAAUUUGACAUAUCGCUGUGAAAUGCUUGAAAUAUACAUGUAUUGUUUGGUCUUAAAAUAAACUGAUUACAAAAUAAGUAAUCGAUACAUUCAUUAAUAAAUAACUAUGUCGGCCGAUACAGAAGAUCAAGUUCAAUUAUUAGAAAAUCUUCCAGAAAUCAUGGAAAAGUUAACGGAGGAACUGAAAGAGCUGUACAAGUAUAGAGAUUUAUUUUUUGAAAAUCAUCCAUUAGACAUGGCUUAUAAGAAGAAUAAAUGCGUAGAAGAAAAAAAAGAACUCUUGGUAGAAAAAUUUGAAGCAAUUGAUGUGGAAACUCAAAUACCAUUUUCAUUAAGAGCUGAAUUUCUCUACAUGAAAGGUAGAUGCUAUAAUGUUAGCCCUACCUAUGAUCCAAGAGCAACCCAAUGCCUAAGCAAGGCAAUAAAGUUGAACCCCCACUUGGUCGCGGCAUGGAAUGAGCUUGGUGAAUGUUAUUUGAAAAAUCUCAAUGUAAAGGAAGCUAAGGCCAGUUUUGAGGGAGCACUUAAACAUGAACGUAAUCGUCUAUCAUUAAGAUGCCUAUCUAUAAUUCUACGACAUGAAAUUGGAGACAUGAAACGGAGUGAGUCAACACCAAUAAUAUUGAAAAGCGUUGAUCUCGCAAAGGAAGCGGUUGCGCAAGAUAUCAAGGAUGGUAUAUCAUGGACAGUGCUAGGAAAUGCUUACUUAUGUCAAUUCUUCAUGGUAGCUCAAGAUCCUUGUACGUUAAAGCUGUGCAUGAGUGCUUACAAGCAGGCGUGGACGGAUCCUGUGGCUAAGGGACAACCGGAUUUAUUUUACAAUAAGGGUGUGGCGCUGAAGUAUGAAGAGUGCUACGGGGAGGCGCUGCAGAUGUUCGAGCACGCGUGCCGCCUCGACCCCGCGUGGGUGCCGCCGCGCGUCGAGCGCUCCGCACUCGCCUCCUUCCUCGCCGCCGCCACCGCGCUCGUGCGCACGCGCGGCAAGCUCAAGGCCAAGCGCCUCGCCAACAUGAUACAGUCAAUCGAUAAGAAAACGAUGUUGGGCGAUUACGGCUCGGGCGCGUUCCACAAUUUCGGCCCCAGGCGUGACGUGGUGUUGGAGCACGUGAGGAUAGACCAGUUGCAAGAGGGUCCCAAUGAGGGGAAAGUCAUACUUGGGAGGGUCGUCGGAUCCAUACAUAACGAAAACGCUGUACCCUUCACGUUCGCGCUGAUCGACGAGAGCAUGCAGUGCGUGUGCGUGACGGUGUACAACUGGGCGGACGGGCGCGGCGCGCUCAUCGGCGACGCCGUGGCCGUGCCCGAGCCCGGCCUCGCCGCGCACCGACACCAGCAUUUCGAGUUUAAAUCGAUCCGCGUCAACAAUCCCAUGUUUUUGCUGGUGAACGGCAAACGCGUCGGUCGCCACCAGUUCGCGAGCACGCGCGUGACGAGCACGUACGAGAUCCACUGACGGUGCGGCUCGCGGCGCUACAUGCGCUUUUAUUAGGAGUUUGGCGACAUGCGUGGACGUGCUGGGCGAUUGGGACUUUUGAAUUCGUACUCUCAUGUUGGUGUACUUGACCGAAUUGUUGGAAAAAUGUUGGACCACUUUUAUAAUUUAUGAUUAAUUUGCGGAAAUUUUAGUUUGUACAUGAGAGCUAGACCCAACAUUGUCCAAAUAUUUUGUCGAACAUUGGGUGUGAGUUUAACAAAUGUUUGUGUGGUCAAUUAUAGUACAUACCUACAUAAUUGAUAGUAUAAAUGUUAUAUCCUAAUAUGAUUAGUGUUUGAGUUUUUUUUUUUAAAUAUAUUUAUAUUAAUAUUUCUUAGCGUCCAUUCCAAUAUAUAUGAUA